AUGAAGAAAACACUUCGGGAUGAGAUUGAAGCCAUUCUGAAGAAGAGGAUUAUGGUGCUUGAUGGUGGAAUGGGGACCAUGAUCCAGCGGUACAAGCUAAGUGAAGAAAAGUUCCAAGGUCAAGAAUUUAAAGACCAUGCCAAACCACUGAAAGGCAACAAUGACAUUUUAAGUAUAACUCAACCUGAUAUCAUUUACCAAAUCCAUAAGGAAUACUUGCUGGCUGGAGCAGAUAUCAUCGAAACAAAUACUUUUAGCAGCACUAGUGUUGCCCAGGCUGACUAUGGCCUUGAACACUUGGCCUACCGGAUGAACAAGUGCUCUGCAGGUGUGGCCAGAAAAGCUGCUGAAGAGAUAACUCUACAGACAGGAAUCAAGAGGUUUGUGGCAGGAGCUCUGGGUCCAACUAAUAAGACACUCUCUGUGUCUCCAUCUGUGGAAAGACCAGAUUUUAGGAACAUCACAUUUGAUGAGCUUGUUGAAGCAUACCAAGAGCAGGCCAGAGGACUUCUGGAUGGUGGGGUUGAUAUCUUACUCAUUGAAACUAUUUUUGAUACUGCUAAUGCCAAGGCAGCCUUGUUUGCACUCCAGAAACUUUUUGAAGAGAAUUAUGCUCCCCGGCCUAUCUUUAUUUCAGGGACAAUUGUUGAUAAAAGUGGGCGGACUCUUUCUGGACAGACCGGAGAGGCAUUUGUCAUCAGUGUGACUCAUGUAGACCCACUCUGCAUUGGCUUAAAUUGUGCUCUGGGUGCAGCUGAAAUGAGACCUUUUAUUGAAACGAUUGGAAAAUGUACGACAGCGUAUGUUCUCUGUUAUCCCAAUGCAGGUCUUCCCAACACUUUUGGUGACUAUGAUGAAACACCUACUAUGAUGGCCAUGCACCUCAAGGACUUUGCAGUGGAUGGCUUGGUCAAUAUUGUUGGCGGAUGCUGUGGUUCAACACCAGAUCAUAUCAGGGAAAUUGCUGAAGCUGUGAAAAAUUGCAAGCCUAGAGUUCCACCUGCCACUGUUUUUGAAGGACAUAUGUUACUAUCUGGUCUAGAGCCCUUCAGGAUUGGACCAUACACCAACUUUGUUAACAUUGGAGAGCGCUGUAACGUGGCAGGAUCCAAGAAGUUUGCUAAACUCAUCAUGGCAGGAAACUAUGAAGAAGCCCUGAGUAUUGCCAAAUUGCAAGUGGAAAUGGGAGCCCAGGUGCUGGAUAUCAACAUGGAUGAUGGCAUGCUAGAUGGUCCGAGUGCAAUGACUAGAUUUUGCAACUUGAUCGCUUCUGAGCCCGACAUUGCCAAGGUGCCCUUGUGCAUUGACUCUUCCAAUUUUGCUGUGAUUGAAGCUGGGUUAAAGUGCUGCCAGGGGAAGUGCAUCGUCAACAGCAUUAGUCUGAAGGAGGGAGAGGAGGACUUCUUGGAGAAGGCCAGGAAGAUUAAGAAGUUUGGAGCUGCUGUGGUGAUUAUGGCUUUCGAUGAAGAAGGACAGGCGACAGAAACAGAUGUCAAAAUCAGUAUAUGCACUCGAGCCUACCAUUUACUUGUGAGAAAACUGGGCUUUAAUCCAAAUGACAUCAUCUUUGACCCCAACAUCCUUACCAUUGGUACUGGAAUGGAAGAACACAACUUGUAUGCUGUGAAUUUUAUCCAUGCAACUAGAGUCAUUAAAGAAACUUUACCAGGAGUCAGAAUAAGUGGAGGUCUUUCCAACUUGUCCUUCUCCUUCCGAGGAAUGGACGCCAUCCGAGAAGCAAUGCAUGGGGUUUUCCUUUACCAUGCAAUCAAGUUUGGUAUGGAUAUGGGGAUAGUGAAUGCAGGAAACCUCCCAGUAUAUGAUGAUAUCCACAAGGAACUUCUUCAGCUCUGUGAAGAUCUCAUCUGGAAUAAAGACCCUGAAGCCACUGAGAAGCUCUUACAUUUUGCCCAGACUCAUGGCAAAGGAGGGAAGAAGGUCAUUCAGACUGAUGAGUGGAGGAACAGUCCCAUUGAAGAACGGCUUGAGUAUGCUCUUGUGAAGGGCAUUGAAAAAUAUAUUAUCCAGGAUACUGAGGAAGCCAGGUUAAACCAGGAAAAAUAUCCCCGACCUCUGAAUAUUAUCGAAGGACCCCUGAUGAAUGGCAUGAAAGUUGUUGGUGAUCUUUUUGGAGCUGGAAAAAUGUUUCUACCUCAGGUUAUAAAGUCAGCUCGGGUCAUGAAGAAGGCUGUUGGCCACCUUAUCCCCUUUAUGGAAAAAGAAAGAGAAGAAAACAGAGUGCUUAAUUGUACAGUAGAAGAAGAGGACCCUUAUCAAGGCACCAUUGUGCUAGCCACUGUGAAAGGUGAUGUGCAUGACAUAGGCAAGAACAUAGUUGGAGUGGUCCUUGGCUGCAAUAAUUUCAGAGUGAUUGAUUUAGGAGUCAUGACUCCCUGCGAUAAGAUACUGAAAGCUGCUCUUGACCACAAAGCAGACAUAAUUGGCCUGUCAGGACUCAUCACUCCUUCCCUAGAUGAAAUGAUUUUUGUUGCCAAGGAAAUGGAGAGGUUAGCUAUAAAGAUUCCAUUGUUGAUUGGAGGAGCAACCACUUCUAGAACCCACACAGCAGUUAAAAUAGCUCCAAGAUACAGCGCACCUGUGAUCCACGUCCUGGAUGCAUCCAAGAGUGUGGUGGUGUGUUCUCAACUGUUAGAUGAAAAUCUAAAAGAUGAAUUCUUCGAAGAAAUCAUGGAAGAAUAUGAAGAUAUUAGACAGGACCAUUAUGAGAAUCUCAAGGAGAGGAAAUACUUACCCUUAAGUCAAGCCAGAAAAAAUGGUUUCCAUAUUGACUGGUUGAUGGAACCUCACCCAGUGAAACCCAUGUUUAUCGGGACCCGGGUCUUUGAAGACUAUGACCUGCAGAAGCUGGUGGACUACAUUGACUGGAAGCCUUUCUUUGAUGUCUGGCAGCUCCGUGGCAAGUACCCGAAUCGAGGCUUUCCCAAGAUAUUUAACGACAAAACAGUAGGUGAAGAGGCCAGAAAGGUAUAUGAUGAUGCCCAGAGUAUGCUGAACGCACUGAUUGGUCAAAGAAAGCUCCAGGCCAGGGGUGUGGUUGGGUUCUGGCCAGCGCAGAGUGUCCAGGACGACAUCCAUCUGUAUGCAGAGGGUGUGGUGCCUCAGGCUGCGGAGCCCAUAGCCACCUUUCAUGGGUUGAGGCAACAGGCUGAGAAGGACUCUGCCAGCACAGACUCGUACCAGUGCCUCUCGGACUUCAUCGCUCCUCUGCAUUCUGGGAUCCGGGACUAUCUGGGCCUGUUUGCUGUUGCAUGUUUUGGGGUGGAAGAGCUGAGCAAGGCCUAUGAGGACCAGGGCGAUGACUACAGCAGCAUCAUGGUCAAGGCUCUGGGGGAUCGGCUGGCAGAGGCCUUUGCAGAGGAGCUGCAUGAGAGGGUUCGCAGAGAAUUCUGGGCCUACUGCAGCAGUGAGCAGCUAAGCGUCCCAGAUCUGCGCAAGCUCCGGUAUGAGGGGAUCCGGCCAGCUCCCGGCUACCCCAGCCAGCCUGACCACACUGAGAAACUCACCAUGUGGAGACUGGCCGACAUCGAGCAGUGCACAGGCAUCAGGUUGACAGAGUCUUUGGCAAUGGCACCCGCCUCUUCGGUGUCGGGCCUCUACUUCUCCAAUCUGCAGUCCAGAUAUUUUGCUGUGGGGAAAAUUUCCAAGGAUCAGGUUGAAGAUUAUGCUGUGAGGAAGAACAUGACUGUGGCUGACGUGGAGAAAUGGCUUGGACCCAUCUUGGGAUAUGAUACAGACUAACUUUUCCUCCUGCCCGCCCUCCUCCUCUUAACCUUCUGUAUGCUUGCUGACCCCAAAGAAAGAUAAUCCAAAGUGCCUUUUAACAACAAAGGCCUGAAUGCAUCUGGUCAGCACGGCCCUGCUUCUAGCUUUAGAAACUAUCCUGGAGACGCUAUGGAGGAAUGGGGCUUCCGGGGAUUUCUGGAAGACAUCACUGUUUUUAGGUACCUUGAAUGAGUAGCAGUGAGGUUCCAUGGCUCUCAUGGUGUCCCUAGUACCUGGGGACUGGACAAGUGGAGACAGGUCUUUUGCAUUUCAAAGCAAGUCAGCCUGCUUCUUCUCCAUUUUACCUUGGAUCUAGGAGGGAACUUAAUUCUCCUAGAAAAGAAGCCUGCAACCUGGUUGGAAUAGAGAAAUAGAGAAAUGUAACCUUGGAGCAGAGUGCCACUGUGAGAAAUGGGGUGUUUUAAUCUAAAUGGUCCCAACAGCAGACUCUGACAGGAAAGGGAGUAUCUCUGCUCUCUUGGAAAGACCUCAUUUUCUAAGGCUCAGCUAAAUGGCUGCAGAACUCCUUUUGGCAAAGGCAUCUCACUGCUCGCCUGUCAGAAAUAUUGAGCUGUUUGCCCUGGUGUGGCUGAGUGCAGUCACGCUCUCCAAGCUUUUUUGUGCUCCCACAAUUUCCUAAUCUCUUCCCUGAGGGGGGAUAAAAGGAAAUGGAGAAGGAGUGGCAGUUAAGGGUGGUUCAUGUCUUUUAGUUGUCUUCAGAAUUGAGCAGAUUCUUAGCUCAGCUGCAGUGACCUUUGCAGAGUUGGACUGUGGACAGUCUGAUGUCAUUCAAUUCUUCUUUUUCUAUACUGAUCCAACUCGAAAAUCAUACAGUUUAGAAAUAGCUUAUUGACUUGUUCUGGGUCAUUUUAGGGGAAAUGGUAAGAGCAUGGACUUCAAAGUCAGAUAUACGUGGACUCAAAUUUCAGCUUUGGCUACUUAAUUGCUGUGUGAUAUAAGUAAAUUACUUAGGCUUUCCAAUACUGCUUUCUCAUCUGUAAAGUGAGAAUAAAGAGUGGUUUUUGUCUCAUUGACAUGAGAUGAAGACUAAAGGAGAUGACACAUGUGGGACAGUUCACAUGACACCUGGCACACAGCAAGUUCUUAAUAAAUGGUAACUUCUGUGGAGUUCUGUAGGUAGCCCCCAGACUCAUCAUGUAGCAGGUGCUCCUGGAAAGAGAACAAGAGGUUAACAGAGGGCAAAAGAAUGGGGAAAUGUGCAUGGUAAUGACUGGACUGAACCUGCUAGAUCAGGGGUUCAGACCUCAUUUGACUGGGAAAGAGAAUCUGCCUCCUAUGUUAUGUGCUCCACUGGGACUCACUCAUUGUGAGCCAAACAUCCUCCCUUAUCUCACUGCAUAUCAGCAGGCCAUGCCCCUAAAGCAGUGGUAUGUUCAGGUUUGUUGGAGGUGAAAGGGGGAAAAUAAAAAGACUUGGGUAAUAAUUCUGCAUA